AUGUGCAGGAUCGAGAGGGGAUAGGAAGAGAAGUCGAAUCCAAAUGAUUUGUUGACAAAACACGGUAAUAUCUCUGUUUAGUAGUCAAAAGUUUCUGUAGAAAACUACAAAAUGGAGAAGACCGAUGAUGCUUCCAACGAACCGAGUUGCUCAACACUUAAAAAAGCUAUAGAACCAACACAGAAUUUGUCCCAAGAUGUGAACGUGUAUGCUCAAAAAGGCUUAGGCCUCCUUGUGAAGGCGACUAAAGCAGCAAAUGGUCUUCCAGCAGCUGGGGAUGAACAUGAGUACUAUAGUAGUUUUGAAAGCUUUAGGCAUUUCAGGCAAAACCAAAGCAAAAAACUGCUAGCAAGGGUCAAUACACUGUUAAGGCAAAAUGGCAUCAAGGGUAAACUGGAUCCAAGCAAAGGUCAAGAUGUGGAGGAAAUGAUGGACAUGAUUAUUGAAGCUAAUGACAUCAUGCUCGAGAGGGUUGGGAUUCACCUGGACACUGCAUCAGGGGUCAAGAAGAGUGAACCUGUUCUACCAACAACACUCAACACUCCCAAAGUUGUCAUAUCAAGCUGGAAUAGGAAGUCUGUUGGAGAAAAAAAGUCACAAACUUUUCACUUGAUGCAGGCCAAAAAUAUACAACGCCCUCAACUUUCUUUCAAGACUAAAGUUGAUAAUAAGAACACCCCUUUUGUGCCAAUUAUCAAAGUGAAGCCAAAUGCAAGGCAACCUUUGAAUGUACCAAAGGAUGAUGUUGAUAUUUCUUUAGUAGUCGCUGAUUUUGUUCAUCAGGAGAGACAUCAGGAAGUACCCAAACAAACAGAAAACAUUUGUGCUCAUCCUUAUAAGUAUGAACUUGAACAUCUGGAAUUCACACAAGAACAGCUGUUGAGAGUGGAGAAGCCUGAAGUGCUUCCCCUCCAGGACACACCUCUCACAUUCAUCGACACUGUCGAAGGACUUGAGGAUUUGACCAAAGUUCUUAAUGAAUCGUCAGAGUUUGCUGUGGAUUUAGAGGCUCAUACUUAUCGAUCGUUCCUUGGCUUCAUAUGUCUGAUGCAGUUUUCUACUGGUAAGCAUGACUACCUUGUGGAUGCACUUGCCCUUCGCAGUGAGCUGCACAUUCUUAAUCAGCCGUUUACUGAUCCAAAGAUUGUCAAGGUUUUCCAUGGUGCUAAUAUGGAUGUUGUCUGGCUACAGAGAGACUUUGGUGUGUACAUAGUAAACAUGUUUGACACGGGUCAAGCCUCCAGGGUGUUGGGCUUGGCUAAGCACUCUCUAGCGUAUCUUCUGAAAAUGUACUGUGAUGUAGAUGCAGCCAAAGAGUACCAACUUGCAGAUUGGAGAAUAAGGCCAAUGCCAGAUGAGAUGAAAAAAUAUGCACGCGAGGAUACUCACUACCUUCUGUACAUUUAUCACAUUAUGAAGAACACACUACUUGAUCGUGGAAACAAUAAUAAGAAUUUAUUGCAGUCUACGCUUGAACGAAGUAAGGAAGUUUGUCUAAAGCGCUUUGAGAAGCCAAUCAUCAAGGAAGACUCUCACUUGGAAUUUUACCGAAGGAGCCGCAAAACAUUGAACAAAAAACAGUUGUUUGCUUUCAAACUGUUAUUUGCUUGGCGAGACAGUAUUGCGAGGACAGAGGAUGAGAGCCUUGGCUAUGUUUUACCGAGCCACAUGCUCUUUCAUAUAGCUGAAAACCUUCCAAGGGAACCUGAGGGAAUAUUAGCAUGUUGUAAUCCUACUCCUCCAUUGGUGAGACAAUACUUAGCUGAGAUUCACACGCUUGUGGUUCAGGCUAGAAUGCAUGAGAAUAAUUUACCAAAGACUUCUGAGAAACAGGAAAAAGAUGUUCCAACGUUCAAGCCUCGAAAGAUUGAGCCACUCGAGAGUCUUAUACACUGCCCUCAUGAUACAACUCAUCGAGAAUCAACCAACCAACUUAAUGCCGAUGAGAGAAAAAAUCCAGUUUCAGUCACAGGUAGUUCUACAUUGUUUGGUGGUGGUGAAAGCCAUGGUCCCCCUGUCAGAAUGGCAGAACCCAUCAUUAGCGUGUUUGGUAACCAAGACCAGAGUUUGAAGCAGUCUGUAGACGUGAAGAAUAAAGUAGCACGUAUUAUGGCAAGUUUAAAAAGCCCAUUUGAAUUGUAUUUGCCUUCCAUGAAACCUACACAGAUUGCCAGCACCUUGUUGUCGAGUAAUAAGAUUGAAAUUCCUGCAGUUAAGACUUCACAACACAAACCUUCUCCAGUUGCUCCUAAUAAUCCUUCUCCUUAUGUUUGGAAGUUAAAAAAAGCAGAGGAAAAACCAGAGAUUUUAAGAAAAAAUGAAGUUGAAGCUACCAACAAGAUUGGUGGAAAAAGAGAAUGGAGACAGAAAGAGCAGAAGGAAGGUGAAGAUGAGGAGCAGGAGGAAGAUGAGCCACUUCAGCCAUUGCGGAAAAAGAAACAGCGAAAAGGUCAGCAUUACUAUGCAUCAUCAUCAUCAUCAGUAACAUCUGUGAAAAUGGGGGAUGAAAGGUUAAAAGAAGGGGCAGGCAAGGGAGAUGAAGUUGUAAAAGAAGGGUCUGACAAGUUUCAAGCCUAUGACUACAGCCAAACAGACUACAGUACAUUCUCCG